AUGUCCAGAGCCAUGUUCAUGUGGUUGGAAGAUGCUCGGUCUUCCGGCAUAGCACUAGAUAAAUACGGUAUUAAAGAGCGAAACCUAUACCUCAACAACGAAUGGUUACAAUGCAGGCGAUGGUUCCAGUACAGAGACGAUCAAUCGGGCCCACGGCUAGUUGGGCUCACCACUGGUCCGGAACUCGAGGACUGGAAGCUCCACUGGGAUCUCGACGAGGACGAGUUCGCAGGAGACUUCUGGGAAAUGAUCGAGAACCCGCCACUGCGCGUUCCGGGAGGAUGGAUUGACGACUGA